UCUCCAUGUCAAGAAAUCCCAGGAUUGCAGAAAUGGCUUAAUACUGGAGUUUUGCUUUGUCUUUGAUUUUGUGGGUAAUCGUUUGACUAUUCAAGCACUUCAGUCUGAAUGUGAUCUGAAGGAAAGAUGGCACAUCAUCCAGAUGAAACCACUCCACUAACAAAUAACCAAACACCUCGAAUCAGAAACGGAAGGCUCUUCCUUGCUGUAUUUUCAGCUGUUUUGGGCAAUUUCAACUUCGGCUUUGCCCUGGUCUUUCCCUCCCCCGUAAUCCCUUAUCUUCAGAAUGAUCCUCAACUUAAAAUGAACAUCUUUCAGAUAUCAUGGUUUGGCUCUAUUUUCACCAUUGGAGCAGCUUUAGGGGGGCUUAGUGCCAUGGUUAUGAAUGACAGGCUCGGAAGAAAGCUAAGCAUCAUGCUGUCAGGCGUUCCAUCCGUCCUUGGCCUCCUUGUGAUGGGAUCUGCUCAAAACUUCGGGAUGUUAUUAUGUGGCCGAUUUCUGACUGGCAUUGCUGGUGGCAUCACUUCUGGUUGCAUUCCCGUCUAUGUGUCAGAGAUUUCUCACCCCUCGGUGAGGGGGGCUUUGGGCUCAUGUCCUCAGAUUACGGCUGUCUUUGGAAGUCUAGCACUUUACGCUUUCGGCUUGAUUUUGCCGUGGAGGUGGCUGGCUGUGGCUGGCGAGGUGCCUGUCUUUGUAAUGAUCGUUUUGCUUUGCUUCAUGCCAACCUCUCCACGUUACCUCAUCAUGAAAGGGAACAAAGCAAAAGCAGUUAAAUCUCUAGAAUGGCUCCGGGGCCCUAAUUCGGAUUACUUGACUGAGUUUGAUCAAAUCGAGCGAAGCAUCAACUCACAGGGGCGCGCUAAAUGGAGCGAUCUUAAAACGCCGUUAUACUACAAACCGAUCCUUAUCUCUGUCUUUAUGAGAUUCCUGCAGCAGAUGACCGGUAUCACCCCAAUUCUGGUGUAUCUAGAACCCAUCUUCCACAUGACGGCUAUAUCGCUGAAACCAAGCUAUGACGCUGCAUUAGUUGGAGUUGUAAGAUUGAUCUCUGUGAGUAUUGCAGCUAGUUUGAUGGACAAAGCUGGUCGAAAAGCUCUACUGCUCACAUCAGGAUUUUUAAUGUUUCUGGCCAUGCUCUCCAUGACCAUGUACACCCACCGAACACCGUGCAACCAGGGCAAUCUAACCUUAACAGAGGGCAUGAGCGCAAUCCAUGGUGUUUCUGAGGGUCCUGCUUUCUAUCCAAUCACUCUCAUUCCUCUCAUCAGCACUAUGCUUAUUUUAUUUGGUUACGCUAUAGGUUGGGGUCCCAUCACGUGGCUGCUGAUGUCUGAGAUUUUGCCUUUGGGCGCGCGCGGAGUUGCAUCAGGAUUGUGCGUCGGUGUGAGCUGGAUCACAGCCUUUGUUCUGACCCAACUCUUCAUGCACGUGGUGCAGGCCUAUGGACUCUAUGUGCCCUUCCUGUUCUUCUGUGUCAUCACAGUGGUGAACAUCAUUUUCACGGCUAAGUGUGUGCCAGAGACUAAAGGCAGAACUCUGGAGGAGAUUGAGAACUACUUCAAGACUGGCCGAAGCUUCACCAUUCUUGAGCCUUAACAUAUGUUCUCAUCUAGUAUAUGUUUAUUUGUGAGAUAGAUACUCAUUUUAGACUAACACACAUUAUAUUUCAGAUGUCAAUCUGUGUACUGUGAGAGAUACAGGAAUAGACAGAUAGACAGACAAAGAUAGAUCUCUGUCUGCUUUAUAGCCCUAUUCAAUUAAUUGUAAAUAUGAUGUAGAUAUUGUGUAAAAAAUACAUAUCUGUAAAUGCAAAAUUUAUCAAUUUUCAUUUUCUAGGAAACUAGUACAGGCUGCACUAUAAUGAAUGCACAUUGUGUCUAUGUAAAUGUAAAAUGUUAAUAAAUAUACAGU